GAGGAUACCCCAGUCCCAUCAGUGUCAUGGUCUCCCUGUCGUGUUCUUGGUCAAUCAUUUCUAUCACCUUGUUCCAGUGUGGGGCCCCACCAGUGGUGGGGACCAGGACAGUCCACUCCCUCAACCUUUCUAAAGCACCGGCACAUGGGUUUGAAGGGUGGAUUAACAAAUGGAUGGGGAAUUGUGCUUUUCAUGUGUCUUGCUCUCCUUAUCCUUCACCAUUUUUCCUUUCCAUGGGUCAGUCACAGUCCAGCACUGGGACUCCACAGUGUGACCUUGCUGGUCCCAGCUGAGACAAGUGCUACGGGAUGAACCAACACAAGACUUUGGGGAGCAUGGAAGGCCUUGCUAAAUCACAGGGAUUGCUUUCCCAUCUCCAACAGGAAAGGCUAGGAAUACAGACAGGCUCUGAGUGUUGGCAGCAUGGUGGGGAGGCAGAGAACAGCAUGGAAAGGGCAGUUCCUCACAAGCAGUGCUCCUGCAAAGCCAGACCAGCCUGACAGUGAUGUGAUGGUUCAGGACCCCUCUUCACAAUGCUCCUGAAAACCAGAACACACCAAUGCCAUGGGGCGACCUCACUGAUCACACCCUAUGCCCCUAAAGCUUUGGUCACAUCUUCAGCCCACCAUGACACACGCCGUCAACACCUGCCUUUAACCUCUAAGACAUUUCAAAUCUCCUUCCAAGGUCAGAUGGACAUGGCCUCAAAAGAAGGACAUGGAGUUGCAGAAUUCCACACAGCAACGCCCACACCAUGGCAGAGGAGGGAAGAGGACCACGCUGACCAACCAUUAGUAAUUACUGGGUUUUGCUUGCAAGAAGAGAUUAUUAAGACUAAAAGGAUAUGAGAUAUGAAACCUUAUGGCUUGAAUGUGGAAUAAACAAAUUGACAUGACAGACCAACCUGGGAAAAAAGGGAUCAAGCCGAGCUGGUUCUUUGUAUAAUGGAUUUCUUAAUGAGGACAAGGAAUAUGCUUUAAAUGACAGAAUACGACAUGUCGUGUAAAGAUGAGAAACCUGAAUGGACCGUGACACCAGAACAAGUUCAACCAGGCCAGCCUCUACUUUUCCAGAUCCUCUCUCUUGAUCCCAUUUAGGACACAAGACCAUGAGCUCCCUUUCAUCCAUAGGAACACUCCUACGUGCUAUAACAUUUCCAAGCAAUUGCAGAGUGACCUCCCCAGGACAUCAGCAGCUCCCUCAGCAUUCCUGGGUGCAACACAAUGACUGAUGGAAAUCCAGUGGCACAGAACAGAGUCCCAGUCUUCAAAAGGCACCCACAAAACACAGCACACCAGUGCCACAAAAUUACCUCAGUGAUGAUAUCGCAACUCUGCUGUGCUCUGGUUGUUUAUUCAUCCUGACCUGUCAUGUAUUGAACAUUCAAAUCGUCCCAAAUACCAACCCAUGAAAGCGGCCGCCAAGGUCAGAUGGAAAUGGCCUCAGGAGCCGGUCAUGACACUGCAGAAUUCUGUGAAGGAAAACACUCCCCACCUCAUGACUCACCAACUGGGCCAGCCAAGAGCUUCAGCUUGCAAAAUGCCCCAAGGCCACGGGACAAGGCUGUCCCGCCCCUCCAUGACCAGCAUAAAAGCUGGCCCCAGCACCUCUCUGCCCCACACACUUCUUCUGACACCUUCUCCUUCUGCUCCUGCAUACAACAAGGGACCCUCCACACCACACCCAUGGCCUGCUACAACCUCUGCCAACCCUGCGGACCCACCCCGCUGGCCAACAGCUGCAACGAGCCCUGUGCCCUGCAAUGCCAGGACUCCAGCGUCGUCACCAACCCUUCCCCGGUGCUGGUCACCCUGCCAGGACCCAUCAUGACCUCCUUCCCCCAGAACACCGCCGUCGGAUCCACCUCCUCGGCUGCUGUUGGCACUGAACUCAGUGUGCAGGGACAGCCCAUCUCUGGUGGAUUUGGUGGCUUUGGCUACGGCCUUGGCUACGGCCGUGGAUUUGGCUAUGGGCUGGGAGGCCUGGGCUGCUAUGGCAGAAGGGGCGGCUACAUCUGCUAAGGGCCCUCAGCACCAGCCCUGACACCACCAGCUCGGUGCUGUGGCAACAGCUCCUGCAAGCAAAGCACCUCGACUGAUGGUCACCCUUAUUGUACCUCACACCAUUUCCCUUCCACUUGUUUCUCCUGCCUUAUACUUCUUUUGCCUCAAUAAAGUAUCCUUGUAACAUA